CACGAGGCCCCGGGUGGACACCGCCUCGCGGACCACGGGCGCCGCGGCCUGGUUCCCAGGAUCCCGCGCCGCGCUCGGGAAAGACGCCCACUGGGCACAGACGGACCUAACCCCUUUGAGGUCAGAGGGCACCGCGAUCCCUGUUGCACCCACCCUUGCACUGCCACGCCCCGGUGUGACAGGCCAGGCUCGCGAUCUCCCUUAGACAAGGCCGGGCGGGGCGGGGAGCAGCAGCCGAACGAGGCCGUGCGCCCCGGUCCCUAAGACCGGACUCCGCCCGGCCCAGGCCGCAGAGACACGCCUGGUUAGCCUAGUUGCCCAGAGCCCGCGCCCGCAAGUCCUUACGCCCGCGGCCUUACCUUUUCGCAGCGUCCGCCCGACACGCGGGCGGCCCGGGCUCCGCCGCGUUCCGCCUCUCGGAGGGUCUCGGGUCCGUAUCGGCAGACCUCGGCCUUUCGGAGGGUCUCGGACUGGCGUCGUCGGGCCUCGGCUUCUCGGAUGGUCUCGGGUAGUGUCGGCGGGCCUCGGCCGCCCCGCGGGUUUCAGCGGCUCUUCAGUGAGUGGGCGGAGACUCGGCGCGCCUGUCCCUCAGGAAGCCGCCCGGCCCCGGCCCCAGCCCCGGCCCCGCCCCCGCCGAAAAGAUCUUUCUCCCGGGUUGCCCGUCCUUUCUCUCCCUCCGGAAACGCAUUCCACCGCGCCGCGUCAGCCGCGCCUGAAAAGGAGGGGGAGGCGGCAGGAAGAAGGAAGGUGGGGCAGGGAGCAGACAAAGGAGCCCGGCGGUUCGGCCCUUUCUGCCGAGAGUACAGCGCUGAGCCUUCGAGUGCGCCGGCCGCCCGGCGGGAAAGCCCAGCUGCAGCCUGUGUCCGGUCCCUGGGCUCCCAAGCCAGACUUCUCAGUGGGCUGAGGGCCAAGAAGGAUGGGGUGUUCUGCAGGCAGCACUCGGACCCGCCCGGUCACCCUAAAAUUGCAGACUCCCGCUCCACCCCUGCUGUGCCCACCCUGGCCGCCUGGGCGCUGCUUUUGCUCAGUUUUCUAUCUGGGUAGCCAAGUACAAAAAGGAAAAAUGUUAUGUUUGCAGAUUUCUUUUCUCUUUUCUGGGAAAAGAAUUGAAAAGAAGCUAGCCAGUCUCAAAAUCUAAAUGAGAAGCUUAAAACUUGGGCUUGCCUCAGCAUGCUAAAAGCUGUGUGACAGCAGGUGCCAUCAGCUUACCCAAAUAGUGUAGACUGCCAGGAGGGACAGGGCACCCUGCCCUAGAGACAGCUUUCAUUGCUGAGUUUGUGAACAGGAGAAGUAGUGUUUCUGUUCUGGAAGAGUAAA